CUACUUUGACCUAUUGUCAGUUCCCUUUCAGAAUGUUUUCCAUUAAGUUUAUUAUUGUGGUUGCGUUGACGUUAUGCGCAGUGCUUCCAUCAACGUUGGGAGUGCCAAUUUUCUGGUUCCCGUGGAGCUACCUUCUUCCUACGACCAGCAGCAGUAGUGGAUCUGGCUCCUCCAGCUCCAGCAGUUCUUCGACAACAUUCCGACCAAUCAUGGCAAACAUCUCCAUUGGAAACCGUCGGAAUACGAGCGCCAUGGUCGAUAGUGGAACCGUCAUCAACGGUCUGACCAUCAGCCGUGGCCGCCGGGAUGUCCCCUUGGAAACUAUCCGGAAUGAUCCAUCCGUGACAAGCGAAUCGUUCAUCCAGGUUGGGAACCAGGUGAUUCGACUCCCGCCGGGAAACGUAGCCAAUUUGACGAUCAACAUCAUCGAUGGAGUGCCGUACGUGUUUGGAAAUACGGAGUCUGACGUUUCCUCGGGAAGCGCAAGUGGAAGCAGCGAAGGCAUGUCUGGACUGUUUUCACGAGUUAGGAACUUCUUUGGAGAUUUGCUUGGUCGGAAUCCCAAUGCUAAUUGACUCAAAAACUGCCUUUGUGAUUUCGAAAUACUGUGCCAGUUUUGUGUUAUUAUGUGAAAGGUUGUGAAAUAUAGUUCUAUGUUUAAAAAGAUGAAUCAAAGUGAAUGUAGAUGUUACAUUUUAUAUUGUUAUCUUAAAUCUGAUACAAAUCUUACAUUGAUUUUCAAUACCGUAAUAAAACCUUCUGUAGUAUGGAACUUAUUAAGCAAUCGAAAA